AUGGACCCCACAGAUUCGGACGAAAUGAGCGAUGUUCGCGAAAUUGAGUUCCCUCAGAACCUGCUUGACAAAGUGUGGGCAGCCCAGUUCAAGCCAUAUCCACAUGGGCAGAAGACCGACAACCCGAAUCCGUCUUGGGUGUUUGUGCUGUAUCACGAUAUUGACGAAGCGGGAACGGACGAGCAUACGACAACUAUUGUCGAGGGCGUAUUCACUACGCUACAAAAGGCCAACGAGGCCGCUCUGAAUUUUUUCAUAGAAGACUAUGCUGCUUUCUUCGACCAAAAGGAAGACAUGUCGAAUUUCUUCGAAUCCAAUACAGUAAAUAACGACGGCUUCAAUACGGUGGAGUGGAAUAUCCUCUAUGAUGGAGGUGUUUCCUUGGAGGCAACCAAUGCCGAAGGACCAAAGAUCCAUGUCUAUGUUCAGAGCCAUGAAUUGGAAUAA